CCCGCCGCGCAUGCGGGGCGGAGCGGCCAUUGCCGUCAGUUCCGGCGGGAGAGGGGCGGCUCCUGUCCCGGCUGUGAGUGCCGCUUCCCCGCUUACCGACCGGCAGCCGCGUCCCCCCGUCCCGGCUUUGAUGCAAAAUGAGUGUUCCUGACUACAUGCAGUGUGCUGAGGAUCAUCAGACCCUCCUGGUCGUGGUUCAGCCCAUUGGCAUUGUACCUGAAGAGAGCUUUUUCAGGAUCUACAAGCGGAUUUCAGCUGUGAGCCAAGUUAACGUACGCGACUCGCAGCGAGUGCUCUACAUCCGAUACAGGCACCAUUAUCCCCCAGAGAACAACGAGUGGGGGGAUUUUCAGACACACCGCAAAGUCGUGGGGCUGAUCACAAUCACGGAGUGUUCUUCAGCAAAGGAAUGGCCUCAGACUUUUGAAAAGUUCCAUCUUCAGAAGGAAAUGUAUGGCUCUACUCUCUAUGAUUCCCGGUUGUUUGUCUUUGGGCUUCAAGGAGAGAUUGCAGAGCAGCCCCGCACGGAUGUGGCAUUUUAUCCCAGUUACGAUGAGUGUGAAACUGUGGAGAAGAGAAUAGAAGAUUUUAUCGAGUCCCUCUUCAUAGUGCUGGAGUCCAAGCGUCUUGACAGAGCCACUGAUAAGUCUGGAGACAAGAUCCCCCUCCUCUGUGUUCCUUUUGAGAAGAAGGAUUUUGUAGGUCUGGACACCGAUAGUAGACACUACAAGAAGCGCUGCCAGGGCCGGAUGCGGAAGCACGUGGGAGAUCUGUGUCUGCAGGCGGGAAUGCUGCAGGAUUCCUUGGUGCAUUAUCACAUGGCAGUGGAGCUGCUGCGCUCUGUCAACGACUUCCUGUGGCUUGGAGCUGCCCUUGAGGGGUUGUGCUCAGCAUCCGUCAUCUAUCACUACCCAGGUGGCACUGGGGGUAAAGUUGGGUCUCGCAGGGCUCAAGGAGGUUCUCUUUCUGCUGAGGCAGGCAACAGGCACAGGCCAGGGGCACAAGAAGUUCUCAUUGAUCCAGGUGCUCUGACUUCCAACGGGAUAAAUGCAGAUACCAGUGCUGAGAUAGGACGUGCCAAAAACUGCCUGAGUCCUGAAGACAUCAUAGAAAAAUAUAAAGAAGCCAUUUCUUACUAUGGCAAGUACAAGAACGCUGGUGUGAUUGAACUGGAAGCCUGUGUGAAGGCUGUGAGAGUCCUGGCAAUGCAGAAGAGGAGCAUGGAAGCCUCUGAGUUUCUGCAAAAUGCAGUUUAUAUCAACCUUCGACAGCUCUCAGAAGAGGAGAAGAUCCAGCGUUACAGCAUCCUGUCGGAGCUGUACGAGCGCAUCGGUUUCCACCGCAAAUCGGCGUUUUUCAAGCGUAUUGCGGCCAUGCAGUGCGCGGCCCCCAGCAUCCCCGAGCCUGGCUGGAGGGCCUGCUACAAACUGCUGCUGGAGACUCUGCCUGGCUACAGCUUGUCCCUGGACCCUCAGGACUUCAGCAAAGGAACUCACAGGGGAUGGGCUGCAGUGCAGAUGCGUUUGCUCCAUGAACUUGUCUAUGCUUCCAGGAGGAUGGGCAACCCCGCCCUGUGUGUCAGACAUCUGUCCUUCCUGCUCCAGACCAUGCUGGAUUUCCUUUCUGACCAAGAAAAGAAAGAUGUCACGCAGAGCUUGGAAAGCUACACGGCAAAAUGCCCUGGGACAAUGGAAGUCAUCACUCUUCCAGAUGGUUUGAAGCUACCUCCUGUUCCCUUCACCAAAUUGCCUAUUGUGAAAUCUGUGAAGCUCUUGAACCUCCCAACCAGUCUCCGACCUCACAAAAUGAAAAGUUUACUUGGUCAGAAUGUGUCAACCAAGAGCCCCUUCAUAUAUUCUCCAAUUAUUGCACACAGUCGUGGGGAAGAACGAAAUAAGAAAAUAGACUUCCAAUGGGUCCAGGGCGAUGUGUGUGAAGUUCAGUUGAUGGUGUACAACCCUAUGCCUUUUGAGCUCCGAGUAGAAAACAUGGGUCUCUUGACAACUGGAGUAGAAUUUGAAUCUCUCCCUGCUGCCCUUUCCCUCCCUGCCGAAUCUGGGCUCUAUCCUGUGACUCUGGUUGGGGUUCCCCAAACCACAGGGCAGAUCACUGUCAAUGGUUAUCACACUUCAGUUUUUGGAGUCUUCAGUGAUUGCCUUCUGGACAAUCUGCCAGGAGUGAAGACCAAUGGCUGCACUGUCGAAGUCAUUCCAGCUUUGCCAAGGCUGCAGAUCAGCACCUCCCUUCCAAGGUCUGCUCAUACACUUCAGCCUUCUUCAGGGGAUGAAAUCUCCACUAAUGUGUCUGUCCAGCUGUACAAUGGAGAGACCCAGCAGCUCAUCAUUAAAUUAGAAAAUAUUGGAACAGAACCAUUGGAGAAACUGGAGGUGACAGCAAAAACAGUCAACACCAAGGAGAAGCUGUAUGGAGAUUUCUUGAGUUGGAAUCUAGAAGACACCCUCUGCCAGUUUCCUCUAAAACCUGGAAAGAUUGCAACAUUUAUUGUAAACAUUAAAGUGAAGCUGGACUUUUCUUGCCAAGAAAACCUUCUGCAGGAUCUCAGUGAUGAUGGAAUCAGUGUCAGUGGACUCCCACUCUCCAGUCCUUUCCGGCAGGUUGUCAAACCAAGAAUGGAGACCAAACCUCUUAAUCCCCAAGAAAGCAGCAAAGUUGGUGAUUUCAGUCACGUCAAGACACUGGAAGCCAUUUUGAAUUUCAAGUACUCUGGUGGACCAGGACACGCUGAAGGAUAUUACAGGAACCUUGCCCUAGGCCUCCACGUGGAGGUGGAACCCUCUGUUUUCUUCACUCGCAUCAGCACCCUGCCAGCAACAAGCACCCGGCAGUGUCACCUCCUUCUUGAUGUCUUCAAUUCCACAGAGCAUGAGUUGACCAUCAGUGCCAGGAACAACGAGGAUUUAAUUCUGCAUGCCGGGGAGUGUCAGCGCAUGGCUAUCCAAGUGGACAAGUUCAAUUUUGAGAGCUUCCCAGAAUCCCCAACUGAUGGGGCACAGUUGGCUCAUGCAAAGCAGCUGGAAGAAGAAAGGCAGCAAGCAAGAGGCCUGGAGAUUAACAGCAAGCUGGAUAUUUGCUGGAAAAUUCCUUCCUUGAAGCGUGAAGGGGAAGCAAGUGUGGAAGGGGUUCUUAAUCAGCUCGUCUUGGAGCAUCUACAGUUGGCUCCUCUCCAGUGGGAGCAUCGUGUAACAUAAUUGCCCUG